AUGGCAUCAGAAAUGAAGGAAGGGGUGGACAGCCAGCGAAAGCCUGCCAUAACCCGCUCUGACCACAAUACUGAAGCUGCGGCUGGGAGCACGAGUCCCGAUGCGCAACCGCAGCAACAGCUGUCUGCCUUCAAAGGCCUCGGUGUUCUAGAUCGCUUCCUAGCCCUGUGGAUUUUCCUUGCAAUGGCAAUCGGUAUCAUCUUAGGCAACUUUGUUCCAGAGACCGGGCCAGCCUUGCAGAAGGGCAAGUUUGUGGGCGUUUCGGCGCCCAUUGCUGUUGGUUUACUCGUCAUGAUGUAUCCUAUUCUCUGCAAAGUGCGAUAUGAAUCGCUGCACGAGCUCUUUUCCCACAGAGAGAUGUGGAAGCAGAUCUGUUUUAGCAUCUUCGUCAACUGGAUUCUCGCUCCCUUCCUUAUGCUCGCUCUCGCUUGGGCUUUCCUCCCUGACAAGUCAGAACUUCGCACUGGUCUCAUUCUCGUGGGCUUGGGGAGAUGUAUUGCGAUGGUCGGUUCCCCCGUCACCUCCAGACAAUUUUACCAAGUUGACAAUAUUUCCUUUCAGGUCCUCAUUUGGAACGGUCUCGCGGGGGGCAACGAUGAGUACUGUGCCAUCCUCGUCGCUAUCAACUCGAUACUACAGAUGGUCCUCUUUGCGCCCUUGGCCAUCUUCUUCAUCCGUAUAAUCAGUCACGAGUCGGGUACGGUUGAUAUACCCUACAGCAUUGUUGCCACAAGUGUGGCUGUUUUCCUGGGCAUCCCCCUUGGAGCAGCCAUCAUUACAAGAGUUGUGCUUCGCAAGGUCGCUGGAGCAGAUUGGUUUCGGCAGACCUUUCUCAAGUUCCUCGCCCCUUGGUCCCUAAUUGGCCUGCUCUACACCAUUCUAGUUCUGUUCGCAUCCCAAGGCCGACAAGUUGUUCACCAGAUUGUAUCCGUCGUCCGGGUAGCUGCACCGCUAAUUGUGUAUUUCGUGUUGAUCUUCUUUGUCACCUUGUGGGUUAGCAGACUCCUCGGCUUCCGAUUCCCCAUGGUAGUAACACAGAGUUUUACCGCCGCAAGUAACAACUUUGAGUUGUCGAUCGCUGUAGCGGUGGCGACUUUUGGCCCCGACAGCGACCAGGCUUUGGCAUCCACCGUUGGCCCGCUCAUCGAGGUGCCGGUGUUAAUGUGCUUGGUAUAUGCUGUUCGCUGGAUGGCCAACAGAUGGGGUUGGAAGUAA